AUGGCCAAGAAGGAAGCAGCUAAAAGCUCUGGAGGUAAAAACAAAAAAAAGAAAUGGUCUAAAGGAAAAGUCAAGGACAAAGCAAAUAAUGCUGUAAUUCUUGAUAAAGCAACAUAUGAUAAAUUAUUCAAAGAAGUUCCAACUUAUAAAUUGAUUACUCCUUCUGUAUUGGUUGAUCGACUUCGUGUUAAUGGUUCUUUAGCCAGAGUUGCUAUACGUGAAUUAGAAGAAAAAGGUCUAAUUCGCAAAAUAUCCACUCACGGUUCACAACUCAUUUACACUCGUGCUACAGCUGCUAUUGAUAAGCCUGAGGCAUAA